AUGGUCCUCCGGCGAGACAGGGGGUUGGUGCAGGCCACACGAACCCGCCGUAAAACACCAGUGCAGGAAGCACACGAUGCGAGCCGGACCAAUCGGCACGGAACUGGACAUCAUUUGAGGUCCCACGAUUGGAAGCUCGGGACGUGGAAUUGCAGGUCUCUCAAAUUUGACGGGAGUAUCCGCAUACUUUCCGACAUAUUGAGGGUCCGCAAGUUCAGCAUCGUAGCGCUGCAGGAGGUUGGCUGGAUAGGCGCGGAAGAGGUACAAGCGUACCCAAGGAUUGGCUGUACAAUCUACCAGAGCCGCGGCGAAAAAAAGAGGCUGGGGACAGCCUUUAUAGUGCUGGGCGAAAUGCGCGAUCGCGUGAUUGGGUGGACCCCGCUCACCGACCGAAUGUGCGUGUUGAGGGUUAAGGGCCGUUUCUUCAACAUCAGCAUCAUAAACGUGCACAGCCCGCACUCAGGAAGCGAAGAUGACGACAAGGACGCAUUUUACGAGCAGCUGAACUGGACGUACAACAGCUGCCCAAAACAUGACGUCAAAAUCGUUAUUGGAGAUUUUAACGCUCAGGUUGGCCAGGAGGAGGAAUUCAGACCGGUGAUAGGAAAGUUCAGCGCCCACGUACGCACGAACGAAAACGGCCUGCGACUGAUCGACUUCGCCACCUCCAAAAACAUGGCCGUACGAAGUACCUGCUUCCAGCACAACCUCCGAGACAAGUACACCUGGAGAUCACCACAAGGAACGGAAUCACAAAUCGACCACGUCGUAAUCGACGGUAGACACUUUUCCGACAUCAUCGACGUCAGGACCUAUCGCGGCGCCAACGUCGACUCGGACCACUAUCUGGUGAUGGUGAAAAUGCGCCAACGACUUUCCCUGGCGAAAAGCGUUCGGUACCGCCGCCCUCCGCGGUUGGAUCUGGAGCGGCUUAAGUUACCGGAAGUCGCAUCCCGGUACGCGCAUUCGCUGGAGGCUGCGUUGCCAGGGGAGGGUGAGCUGUUGGAAGCUCCCCUCGAGGACUGCUGGAGGAGCGUCAAGGCAGCCAUCACCAACGCAGCAGAAAGCACCAUCGGAUUUGUGGAACGAGGACGACGGAACGAUUGGUUCGACGAGGAGUGUCGAGCGAUUUUGGAGGAGAAGAAUGCAGCACGGAGGGCAAUGCUGCAGUACAAUCUCCGUGAUUACGAGGAGGCGUAUGGACAGAAGCGAAGGCAGCAGCACCAGCUCUUCCGAGCAAAAGUGCGCCACCAGGAAGAGUUGGAGUUUGAGGACAUGGAGCAGCUGCAUCGCUCAAACGAAACGCGCAAGUUCUACAAGAAGCUCAACGGAUCCCGCAACGGCUUCACGCCGCGAGUCGAAAUGUGCCGGGAUAAAAAUGGAGCUAUCUUGACGAACGAGCGUGAGUGUCGCGAGUACCAAGUCCCCACGCACCACCUUUUCAUCGACUUCAAAGCCGCGUACGACUCAGUCGAUCGCGAAGAGCUAUGGAAAAUUAUGGACGAGAACGGUUUUCCCGGGAAGCUGAUCAGACUGAUCAAGAUGACGAUGGAUGGGGCUAGGUGCUGUGUGAAGAUAUCGGGUGCGGAAUCGGACUCGUUCACUUCACUUGGGGGGCUUCGGCAAGGCGAUGGGAUCUCUUGUCUCUGUUUCAAUGUCGUGCUAGAAGGUGUUAUGAGACGAGCGGGCUUCAAUAUGCGGGGCACGAUCUUCAGCAAGUCCAACCAGUUCAUCUGCUUCGCCGACGACAUGGACAUUGUUGGCAGAACGUUCAAGGCGGUUGCGGAUGCGUACACCGACUUGAAGCGGGAAGCAGAGAAGUGUUCCAUCUACAAGUCGCUGAUAAGACCGGUCGUCCUCUACGGGCACGAGACGUGGACAAUGCUCGAAGAGGACUUACGAGCACUAAGCGUCUUCGAACGUCGAGUGCUAAGGACCAUCUUUGGCGGCGUAUAUGAGAACGACGGAUGGCGGCGGAGAAUGAACCACGAACUUGCACAACUCUACAACGAACCAAGCAUCCGGAAAGUCGCGAAGGCUGGCCGGUUGCAGUGGGCGGGUCAUGUUGCAAGGAUGCCGGAACGAGCCGACCAAUUGAGCCAACGGAACCAGAAGAUCAAUCCUGCAAAGUUGGUGUUUGUGUCGGAGCCGGUAGGAACAAGACAAAAUCUGCAUGCCGACAAGAGCUCGAAAGCCACCACCACACCGUGA